GUGGGAACUUGAUCUACCCGCACAGGUAUGUACUGCUUCGACGCAUUGGGUACCUAAAUACUUGCGACGCUCAAGACAGGUGACAGUUCUCGCUCGCGCCUGGUCUCAACAUGUUCAUCCUCCCGCUCCUCUCCAUCAUCCUGCCUUCUGUAGUCGUCAGCUUCAACCUCACCAUCCUCCACACCAACGACAUCCACGCCCGUAUCGAGCAGACCAACAAGUAUAGUGGUCAGUGCUCCCCCGCCCAUGUAGCGGAGGGGAAAUGCUAUGGGGGCUUCGCCCGUCUCAAGACGAAGAUCGAGGAGAUUCGGAGCGCCCAACCCAACACUCUUCUACUCGAUGGAGGGGACCAGUUCAGUGGGACGCUGUGGUUCUACAAGUUCAUGGGACCCGGGACUGCAGCUUUCAUGAACCAUCUUGGCUAUGAUGCCAUGGCUUUGGGAAACCAUGAAUUUGACAAAGGGCAGUCUGGUCUCAUCCCCUUUCUGGACGCGGCUAACUUCCCUGUGUUGAGUACAAACAUUCGACUUCUCAACCAAGACUCACCACUCAGAACAAAGUUCAAAAAGAGCCACAUAUUUACAGUUGGAGGAGAGAGGAUAGGAGUUAUUGGAUACAGCACACGGGAGACGCCGUCUAUAUCUUCACCAGGUGCUGACCUCGUGUUCGAGGACGAAGUAUCGACCAUACAGAGCGAGGUGUCGUUGCUGACGCAGCAGGGCAUCAACAAGAUCAUUGCCGUCGGUCACUCAGGGUUCCACGUGGACAAGCGGAUAGCUGAGUCCGUGGAGGGAGUUGACGUGGUUGUAGGGGGCCACGACAACACUUUUCUAUAUACAGGACCACAUCCGUCAAAUGAGGAACCGGAAGGAGAGUAUCCCCACGUGGUGACCCAGACGGGAGGGGCCAAGGUGCUCGUGGUGCAGGACUAUGCUUACGGGAAGUAUCUUGGAGAUCUGGAAGUGACCUUUGACCCGGAAGGUGUCAUCACGUCAUGGGGAGGUAAUCCAAUUCUUCUGGACAACAACACGGCGCAAGACGUGUCGACCUUGACCUUCUUGGAGCCAUACAUCCAGCAGAUAGACGAGACUGCCUAUGAAAUCGUCGGCAAGUCCCACGUACCUUUACAGGGGGAGAAGGCAAUCUGCAGACGGCGGGAAUGCAAUCUUGGCAAUGUGAUCACAGACAGCAUGGUAAAACAAAACAUCAAGCAUUCCGACUCCCUCUACUGGAACAACGUCAGCAUCGCCAUCACCAACUCAGGGGGCAUCAGAUCCUCUAUCCCCAAAGGUGACAUCACCAUCGGACAGGUGGCCACUGUUCUCCCCUUCAGUAACACUAUCGACAUCGUAGAACUGUAUGGACGCCACAUUAAGGCUGCUUUCGAGCACUCGGUGUCGUAUCACAACACGGAUGAAAGAUCCGGGGCCUUUCUACAAGUAUCAGGGUUGAAGAUUGAGUUUGACAUCUCCCGUCCCGUGGGUUCUCGGGUGACCCGACUGCGGGCAUUGUGUACCAGAUGCGAGGUGCCGAUAUACGAGGACGUUCAGCCAGGUCAGAUCUACCAGGUCAUAAUGCCUUCCUUUAUUGCUGAUGGAGGGGACUUUUACGACGUCAUUAACGACAACAAAGUCAAGCAUCAUCUCAUAGGUGACCUUGACCUUGACGUGUUCGUGGAGUACGUGAAGCAGCAGACUCCGAUAGUCCAGGGGGAGGAGGAACGCAUGAUGUUCGUCAACUCCUACCCCCCUUGUCCCCCUACCGCAGCUGGGAUGUCUCUCCACACGGUCACCACAGCCCUCGGUUUACCAUUGAGUUUAUGCCUGUUUAUGAUGUCACGCGUGUGAUGAUGUGGUUACGGUUGUGUACAUUUUUACUGAUUGUUUUUCAUUUGUUACAAUGUACAAGAAUAAGAAUAAAUGGAAAAUACUC